AUGGCAUCUAAUGUUCUACCGCACAAGGAUCGAAACUCAAUAAACGAGCUCGGUAGCGCCGCGAAUGGCACUAGCAGAAGACCACCCGCAAACAAUCGAGAUGCUUCUGGCCAGAAGCCCUGGAAAAACCCAACUGCCACAUCAAUUCCUGUUCCAGGGCAGGUUCAGCGACUGCUCGACCCCUACACUCCCCGAAACGCGUUUAGUGCCAAUCGUACAGCCUUGCAGACGAUUACCGCGGGACGUCACAGUAAACGACAGCCUCCAAGUCGAAUUGAUAUCCAAAAAUCAGCGUCGUCUUUUGUGAGAGGAUACGGCAAGUCCAAAGGGAAGCAGAAAGCAGUUCUUGCUCCUCAGCACGAUACAGUGGAUGUGGACGACGACGAAGAUCUCGGCCAGCCGCUAUCGUUGUCGGCGACUCGCGCACGUUCCUCGCCAGAUCAACUUGACUGCAUUCAAAGUCGUCACUUUCGAACGCCAACAGAACUCGAAACGCAGGUUCGGCUGCCACCUAUUCAUCCAUUUGACGAAAUGGACGACAGAAAUGCUGCAUCAUCUAGCAAAACACCGCAUAUCUCCCAUCACCAUACCCAAUCAUCUUCGGACCCGAUCGAAGAAUACCAGCCGUCUCCACCUCCAGCGCGGCCUCUCUCUACGUCGGGUAGGGUUCAAGGAAUGGUUUCGAAGAUUAACGCCCAGAAUCAGUCGAUUGGACUAAGCGCGCCGCAUGUCGACCUUGCGAAGGAAGAAAAAGCAAAGACGAAGGAUAGAAUGAAACCUAAACGUGGCCAUAUUCUUAAAGUCGAAACUGCCCCCCAGGUUCAACAUCCGCGCCUUCAAGUAAAGAGGGCUUUCAUUGGACUCCAGGAAUACGGGGAGAGGCAGACAUCCUUCCAAUAUUCGUCCAAACAACUGAUAUUGACAAUUCAUCGCAAACCUUCAGAAUCUCUGGUCUUUGCACUGAACGGAGAAGUCUUCCGCCUAUCUGUAAGCCACACCGUUCUCUUAGCAUUUUACCUUUAUGAAUGCCAUCUUCACGAGAAGAUGUCAAAUCGCCAGGCCGAAGAACCCUUCCUUAUGUUUAGCGCAAUACGUUUGGGGUAUUCGGGGAGCCGUCUGCAACUCGGCCAAUCUGAGGAAGGUGGUUCACAUUAUUCAAUCAUGACGACACAGUACUCACAACGACUAGGUAACGUCGACUUGGGGCGUGUUCUUCUGCUUUUCGAGGAUGACCAACCGGGACUAAAAGAGAAAAUCGCCGGCCUAGUCGAAGUUACCAGAACAUUAGAUGGCGCUGAGUACCUCGACGGCGCUGGUGCCCGAGGCAUAUUUGAGAGAGAAAUGAGGCUUUUGGAGGAUUUGAAGCGGCGACGAUCUUCGGAUGGCUUGGAGGGUUCCAAGACGCGACGGACGGUACCUACCACUAAACCCAUAUCAGGCAUCAAGCGGAAAAUAACAGAUGAAGAUCAAGUAACUGAAGGUCCCCCGCUAGGCCCUCCCCGUAAACGUUCUACCUAUCCAAGCGAGGAUGUAGCCGAUCACAGCCCGAAGCCAAGGGUGGAAACUCUGGACCCCCGCAGACGAUCUGCCCGACAGACUCUGAUGGCAGAUGGUCUACCGCGUCAACCUCGACCUGACCCCGAUGAUAUAAUCUUGGUAUAUCCGCCAAACACCACAGGCGCCGUGACAAUCAAGAACUCGGACCUCGAUCGAUUACAACCUGGGGAAUUCCUCAAUGAUACCCUAAUAGAGUUCGGGCUGAAAUUAUGGCUCAAGGACCUUGAGGAAUCGCACCCAGAAUUGGCCAAAGACGUAUAUGUCUUCAGUUCUUUCUUUUACAAGAAGCUGAAAGUACGCAAUGUCGAGGACGGUUAUCAGAGUGUUCGUAAAUGGACAUCCAAAUUCGACAUAUUCCAGAAGAAGUACAUUAUUGUUCCGAUAAAUGAAAAUCGAUCAAAGACACCCAGCGAUCUGCAGGAAGUUGUGGAUCAAUUAGAGCCCGAGUCAGAGGAUGAAGAUACCACUAUGUCAAGCGAUGAACCUCCCAUCGAACCUCAGCCAUCCGUCGAGAGUGGAUCCAAUCAUAUCAUCAUUGACGAAACGCCUUCCGCCGGCCCUUCUCUGCUGUCGUCAAAUGGUGUCGGUGUCACUCAAUUUUACGGUACAUCUUCGAAAAGACCGGCGCCGAAAUUCACUACGCCCCCAAUAUUCCAUAGUGUCGAUGACCAGGCCGGUGUAGACGCUACGCCUGAGGUACAAAUGGGAGAUCCUCAACCACCUAGAACGUAUAUCUUUACUUUGGAUUCCCUCGGGACUCGCCAUACUGCAGUGUAUAAGACCCUGAAUACCUACCUCAAGCUAGAAGCGAAGGACAAGAAAGACUUCGACCUGACAAGCGAAGGCGUUGGGGACUAUCGUGAAAAGCUUGCUGCCCGCAUCAAGGAACUGUCCGUUAUAUGGAAGCGGGACAAGGGUGUGAAGAACCCCGAUGCCCAGGAGGCGCAAGCUGACCCAUCCACUCGAGCAUCUUCUAGCAAAACCAGCCCCGAAAUAGAUGUAGUACCUGAUAGCGAAGGCUCAGAUGAGGACAUUGAGAUCGUUGGAAUGAGCCGGAGUAACGAUCAGCAUCACUAUUACUAA